UAUCAAUUGAAUACCUAUUUAAUAAAAAAAACAUUUCAUUAAAUUUAUAUUUUAAUCAAACAACAACCUUAAAUUUUUACUGUACUUUUUCCAAAAGUGGAUCUGCGAAGUGCAAACUUUGAACCAGUUAACAUUGUUGUCAGCAAUAACAAAAACAAUCAAAGAAAGAUAUCCAAGUCGUCGGAGCAAGAAAACAACUAUUCGGGAUGGAAGCUAUGGACAUCCAGGCAGUUGAGUCUAAACUAAGCGAUGUGACUGUAACAGCUAUACCUAUGAAUGGGAAAAGCAGCCAUAAGGAUUUAAGUCACGGGGGAAGUAGCCACGCGACUAUAUCCACUGUUCCAGCGUCGUCUCCAUCUUCAAAUGGUAAAGAUAAGGACAACGGUAUGUCAAAUACAAAUGCCACAAUGUCAUCUUGGAAAACACUACACAAGUGGUGCACAAGUUACAGCGCCGAUUCAGUAGAGUGGUGUCCAGUGGAGCCCUACACGGACAUAUUUGUGUGUGGGACCUACCAGCUCGAUAAAACCGAUGAAGAUGGGUCUUCUAGAAAGCAGAAAAGACUGGGAAGAAUUUAUUUAUUCAAAGUCAGCGAUGAGAUGGAUGACAUAUGUCCUAUACAAAGUAUAGAUACUUCAGGGAUUUUAGACCAAAAAUGGAGCUAUAAUUGCAUUAAUGGUCAUCCAGUUCUUGGUACUGUGACAUCUGAGGGUAGUUUAGAGUUGUACCGAUUAGUCAAUUUAAAAUUAGAACGUUGGCUCGAAGCUGUGAUUGGUGAAAAUGUUCUGGCGCUCUCACUUGAUUGGUCGACGAAUAAAUAUAAUGGAAAUGCAAGUAUUGUUGUUAGCGACUCGGCUGGAAAUGUAACAUUGUGGAAGGUGGAUGAUACUUUAGAUAAAGUUGGUGAGUGGCAAGCUCAUGGAUAUGAAGCUUGGAUUGCUGCAUUUAAUUAUUGGAAUCCGGAUGUGUUUUAUACGGGAGGCGAUGACUGCGUGUUGAAAUGUUUCGAUCGUAAAUCGCCCGAGGUUGUGAUGACUAACCGAAGCCACGAAGCUGGAGUUACAGCUGUUCGGAGCCAUGUCGAUGUUGAACAUCAAUUAUUAACCGGGAGCUACGACGAAAAAGUACGUCUUUGGGACGCUAGGCAGAUGAAGCGCUGUAUAACAGAAACAAAUGUUGGCGGCGGCGUUUGGCGCCUUAAAUGGCAUCCCAAUCGCAAAAGCGUCAUUUUAGCCGCUUGCAUGUAUGGAGGUUUUAGGCUACUUCGAGCAGAAGAAACAAUUGAAAUUCUCUAUGAAUAUUUAGAACACGAGAGUAUAGGCUACGGUGCGGAUUGGAAAUUCGAAAACAAAGAAUUGUCUAUGGUAGCCACGUGUUCCUUUUACGAUUGUAAUCUGCAUAUCGGGGAAAUUAAUAUUGAUACUAAUGUAUUAUGAUUUUAUUUUUUUAAUGUCAAA